CGGCGUGAGCUGAGGGAGCUGUUCCCUUCUGGCCUUGGAGGAACUAGGAUGGUGGCACAGAUGGAGAGCUGCUCCCCUUGGGACCAGUCAAGGAAUUGAGGUCACACCAGUGGCCCCUCUUUCUACUUGAGCUGCAUUGGGAGGUGGUGUAGAGACAGCUCUGUAGCUGAGCAUGGCAAGACUGGGGGGCACAUCACACUCCUCCAGUGGAGCCCCUGCGUGACCCCCCCCCCCCCCCCACAGGCCAGUGGCUGGCAGACUUGCACUUGGUGUGCAGGUUUAAAAGGCGAUAGUGAGAACUUGAUUGCAGGGGCUGAUGCCUCUUAGUUUGCAUUCCCGACAGAUUUCUGUAGAAGACACUGGGGUGGCUCUCAAGGAAGGCUCCCCAGCAAGGGGGGCUGGAUUGCUUGGAAAUGUGGAGCCAGCGGGGAGAUGGGGAACAUAGGGAAUACUCUCGUCCAUGUGAUCUGAGGGAGGUGGCAAGGAAAACCUCCAUCUGUGUGGGCUUUCCCCUCCUGACUUCUCUUUUCUGUUCCCUGGGCUUUCUUGAGAGCCUCAGAGCUGGGGAAGAAAAAAGGAAAGUUAGCAUGUUAAAAUUCCUUCUCAGCAACUUGGGGAGAGGCUGGGGAUGGAAGUCCACAGAGAAGGAGAGGAAAUAGAGGAGUUUUUCUUUUGUUUCUGGGCUGACUGAGGAAGAUGGUAACAUUUGUCAUCAUAACCUUUUACUCUCCCCCGCCCCCCCCCCGCCCCAGUCCUGGUCAGCUGAGUGUGGAAAUAGAGGGAUUCCUGCCGCUAUUGUGGUCCAUGGGCUUUCAAGGUCACACCACCUACAAGUAGGGAGCAGGGACAGAGAAAGAGCCUGCAUGCCAUUUCUAAGGUCUUCAGGAUCAAAUGUCGUUCGUCCUCUCCAGAAUGGCAGCCUGUGGAGGCACCUGCAAGACCAAAGUCACGGUCUCCAAGCCUGUGUGGGACUUCUUAAGCAAGGAGACACCAGCCCGGCUGGCCCGGCUUCGGGAAGAGCAUCGUGUGUCCAUCCUCAUAGAUGGCGAGACUUCUGACAUCUAUGUUCUCCAGCUUUCCCCACAGGGCCCUCCCCCCGCCCCUCCCAAUGGGCUCUACCUGGCCAGGAAGGCUCUUAAGGGGCUGCUAAAAGAGGCAGAGAAAGAGCUGAAGAAAGCUCAGAGGCAGGGGGAGCUUAUGGGCUGCCUGGCUUUGGGCGGUGGGGGGGAACAUCCUGAGCUGCACCGCCCAGGCCCACCCCCUCUCCGAGCAGCCCCACUCUUGCCCCCAGGGGCACGGGGGCUUCCUCCUCCUCCUCCUCCCCUGCCCCCUCCUCUUCCUCCCCGCCUUCGGGAGGAAGCAGAAGAGCAGGAGAGUACCUGCCCCAUCUGUCUGGGGGAGAUCCAGAACGCCAAGACAUUGGAGAAGUGUCGGCACUCUUUCUGUGAAGGCUGCAUCACCCGGGCCCUGCAGGUGAAAAAGGCCUGUCCCAUGUGUGGCCGCUUCUAUGGGCAGCUGGUAGGCAACCAGCCCCAGAAUGGACGGAUGCUGGUCUCUAAGGACGCCACACUCCUACUGCCCAGUUAUGAGAAGUAUGGCACCAUCGUCAUCCAGUAUGUCUUCCCGCCCGGUGUCCAGGGGGCUGAACACCCAAACCCAGGAGUUCGGUAUCCUGGCACCACUCGGGUGGCCUACCUCCCGGACUGCCCCGAGGGUAACAAGGUGCUGACCCUGUUCCGAAAGGCGUUUGACCAGCGUCUCACCUUCACUAUUGGCACGUCAAUGACCACAGGGAGACCGAAUGUCAUCACCUGGAACGACAUCCACCACAAGACCAGCUGCACAGGGGGACCCCAGCUGUUUGGGUACCCAGACCCCACCUACUUGACCCGGGUGCAAGAGGAGCUGAGAGCCAAGGGUAUCACAGAUGAUUGAAGGACAUCCCCUUUGCCAAGGCCCCUGCCUUUGUCCUCCACUAGGACCCAACAGAAGCCUCUGUUCUCCUCUCUCCCUCUGCUCCCCCAUACCACACAGUAGGGGACCUGUCUGAACUGGGGAGGAGUUCAGAGAGGGAUGGGGCAAUCCCUUCUUCCUCUGUCCCCACAGGCCAAGUGCUUCAGUGCAGUGUGAGCUGCUCCCUUCUGGCAGAGGCUGUUUCUCAGGCUCUGCUCCCCUCUGGUGUACAUACUCCCAGUCUUCCUGCCCCGUCCAUUGCCCUUGGCUUUUUCUGGUCUUUCUGUGCUCCAGCGACUAAGCUGAGAAAGGACCUGGGUGGGGUGGGGUGGGGAGGGGAGGGGUCUUGAACGCCCACUCCCAUCCCAUACUGUUCCACUGCUGAACUUCGGUGCAGGGGAGGGGGGAUCAGCUGCUGUGAGCCCCCAUGGAGCGGCCCUGUAUGUUCUUCUUAACCAAUUCCCCAUCUACCUUAACCUUGUCCUUUCCUGUGUCUCUGUUUCUGUCAGUCUGUCUCCUGCUCUUCUCUGCCCCCUAUAAGGAGCCUCCUUACCCUGUUCUGGAACUGCCGCCAAACUGUAGCUUUUAAUUUAAUAAAAAUAAAGUAAAAUAUGCAACUCUA